AUGGCGAUUUGUAUUACCUUUGGAACGCAUGAGUUCACCUCCAUGCUAGAAGGCUAUGAGAAUGUUAGAGCUUAUUGCUAUAACUGUCAACACUGGAAUGGACAUUGUAUAACCCGAUGGCCAUUCUUCACCGUUUGCUUUGUUCCUGUGAUUCCACUGUCUACACAUAAGUACAGGGAAGUCACCUGCUACACAUGUCGCUUCACCCAAGAUCUACGUGACCGCCCAGAUAUCAAUCCAAACACCAGGCCGCCGCCGGGCGCAGUAUAUGGGCCGCAGCCUCCACCGCAGGCUUAUUUCGGGGGUCCCCAGCAGCCUCCGCAAUAUCCACAACCGCAACCGCAACCGCAACCGCAACAGCAGGCGCUACCGAUGGCGUCGGGGGCAGCCUCUCCGCCUCCGCAAAAUUUCACGUACAAGUAAUUCUAAUGGGCUUUAGAAGCAUGGAUGUUUGUUUAUUUUUUUGUUUUUUUUUUUUUUUUUUUU